ACACGAGGUUUGCCAGAUUUGCUGUCCUCGCGUUACAAUGGCGGAUCCAGAGAUGCUGAUGGCAAACAAGGUACUGCAGGAUAGAUGCAGCACAUGGGUUGAAUCGCAGAAGGAUCAUUCCUAUUCCGAGGAGCAGAGCCUCAAGCGUAAGCUUGAGGAGUUUGAGUAUGAUGAUUGGUACAACACGGAUUCGGAAUUCGACUCCGUCUCGGAAUGCGGCGGAAAGAAACGUAAGGUCGGAACGCAGCUGAAGGAUGAGGUGUUGAACCUGGCCUGUGAGUGGAAGACAUGCACAUUUCGCAGCAAUUACUUGGAUCAAUUUUUAAGACACGUUUCGAGUCACAUACCGAGCGUACAGAUCAGCAUGAAAGACGACAAUGAGGUUUACGUGUGUCAGUGGAAAGACUGUCCAUAUAACAGUGAUGCAUCUGACGAAAUAAUACGGCAUAUCAAUUAUCACAGCUAUCACACCAAGCUGAAGUGUAUCGGAUCUAAUGUUCGUGGAAGAACCAAGUUGCCAAAAUGUCACAGGGACCCAGAGUGGAAGAACAUCAUAGAUUCUCCACCUCCACAUAUAUGCAGGUGGGAGGAGUGCUUGAAAUUGUUCACAAAUUAUCAGAUGUACUUGUAUCAUGUUUCCAUACAUAUGAAAGACUGCCCGCGUGGUAACAAAGUCAAAGACGGGGUCGAGUGCAAGUGGACUGGAUGUAAUAGCAAAUAUCCCAGCUUGUACAAACUGCGAGAUCACGUAAGAUGUCAUACUAAAGAGAAAAUAGUCGCCUGCCCGAACUGUGGUGUCACGUUCGCUUCUAAGACGAAAUUCCACAUACAUUGCCAGCGACAGAUUCCCUUGGAGGUGCAGGGAUUCCGUUGUUCCCAUUGCAACAAGUUUUAUCCGACCGAAAGUAUCUUGCGCGAUCACAUGAGAGCCCAUGUGUUCAAUUACAAAUGCACCCUGUGCGACAUGAGCUGCGAGUCGCCGGCGAGUUUGGCGAAACACGUUAGAUACCGUCACAUAUCGACCAGGACGUUUCUAUGUCAGUUGUGCUCGCACGCUGCCAAGUCGCAACAGGAUCUCGAUUCUCACAUGACUGUUCAUACUAAUGGACCGAACUUUUCGUGUCAUUUUGAGGGCUGUCCUUAUACGUGUAAGGGCGCUUACGCCUUGGACAGGCACGUAGAACGAGUACACAGUUUAGCGGUGCGAUGGUACUGUUGCCACGAAUGCCCCAUUAAAUAUCGGAAGAGUUACAGGCUGACAAAACACCUUAUAGAAGCCCAUCAAUUGCAAUUGCCCAGUGGACACAAACGUUUCCACUAUACGCAAGACGAAGACGGGUGUUAUAGGCUCCAGAUGGUCCGAUAUGAAGCUGUGGACGAAGAAAACGUGUCGCCCGUCGAAGAAGCGAACUUGCCAGAUAAGACAUACAAAAUAGAGCUAAGUCAAGCUACCUCAGUGACGAAAGUAAAAAUUGUUGAAGAUAACGCGGAAAAAGAAGUGGAAGCUGUACAGGAUUCACAAGAGGAAAGGGCCGAGAAUGGCGGUGACAAGUCCAUACCUGUGAUAUCUAAUAUUUUAUUAUCUAUCGAUGAAGUAGACGAAAAAGGAAAUAUUAUAAAGCGGGAAGUCGUCGAAAUACAAGAAACAAAGGAGUUACCGCAAUCAGGAGAACCACUACUAAUUUUAACAUGAGUUUGAUAUAUAUUUUUUUUAGUAGGGAAGGUAUUUCUUGAUACACAUUUAUAUAUUAUUAUAUUAUAAUGUAUAUGCUGCAAUUUUAUAUUUAUAUGGAUGUAUCUUACACGUUUAUUGCUUUAAUUAAUUUUUUUUAACAGAUAUGCAAUAAACAUUUAUUUGCAGCUUUGCUAGGUUUACUUUGUAAAAAUUUACUUCUAUCUCGAAAAAAUUAUGUUUUCAGGCAUAAUUCACGGAGCAAAAAUUUUGUACAUAAAAUGUGUCAUGUAACAAAUUGAAAGUUUAUUUUUACAAAAUGUUUUUGUUAGGAUAACUUUGUCUCGACUUAUAUUCGAGUUUACAUAGUUUACAGAGCAUUGCGUAAAAUUUAAAAUUAAGGAAAUCCACAAUUAUCUGUAAUAUUGUACAAAACAAGAUUGUGUCACCAUCAUGAUGCCUACAGUUAUAAAAAUAAUAAAUUACCUGGCACCCUUGUAACAUUAUA